UUAUUAUUGGCUCUCUGUACCUCUUCCUCUCACUCCAUGGAAGCCCAAGGCAGUGACAUCAGAACACCGGGCGGUGACCUCACCGCCUCGCCUUCCCGCGAGGUGGUGCUUAUCUCCGCCGGCGCCAGCCACUCUGUCGCUCUCCUCUCUGGAAAUUCUGUUUGUUCUUGGGGACGAGGUGAGGAUGGACAACUAGGUCAUGGUGAUGCUGAAGAUCGACUUCAACCGACACUUGUCACUGCAUUGGAUGGCCAGAAGGUUGAAUCAGUUACUUGUGGGGCAGAUCAUUCAACCGCCUUUUCUGAAUCUGAGUUCCAAGUAUACAGUUGGGGUUGGGGUGAUUUUGGAAGACUGGGACAUGGUAGCUCUAGUGAUGUAUUUACGCCACAGCCGAUCAUAGCAUUACAAGGUAUUAAAAUUAAACAAAUUGCUUGUGGGGAUAGCCACUGUUUGGCAAUAACCAUAAAUGGAGAGGUGCAUAGUUGGGGAAGGAAUCAAAAUGGGCAACUUGGUCUUGGUAAUACCGAAGAUUCUCUUUUACCACAAACGAUACAGGCUUUCCAGGGUAUUCCUGUAAAAAUGGUUGCUGCUGGUGCAGAGCAUACUGCUGCAGUCACAGAGGAUGGUGAUCUUUAUGGAUGGGGGUGGGGCCGAUAUGGGAAUCUGGGUUUAGGUGAUCGAGACGACCGCUUGAUCCCAGAAAGGGUGUCUGCAAACGAUGGACAACAAAUGGCAUCGGUUGCUUGUGGCUGGCGACAUACAAUUACUGUUUCUUCGUCAGGGAAUUUGUACACCUAUGGGUGGAGUAAAUAUGGUCAGCUUGGCCAUGGUGACUUUGAAGAUCACCUCAUUCCACACAGACUGGAAGCACUGAAAGAUAGCUAUAUAUCUCAGAUAUCUGGUGGGUGGAGACAUACUAUGGCAUUGGCUUCAGAUGGCAGACUCUAUGGCUGGGGAUGGAAUAAGUUUGGUCAACUUGGUGUGGGGGAUAAUGUUGAUCAUUGCUCUCCAGUACAAGUUACAUUUCCACAUGAAGAGAAAGUUAUUCAAAUAUCAUGUGGCUGGAGGCACACACUUGCUUUCACAGAUAGAAGAAAUGUAUUCUCAUGGGGCAGGGGCACAAGCGGACAGCUUGGCCAUGGGGAUAUCCUCGACAGGAAUACUCCUGAACUCAUUGAGGCUGUUAGCGCGGAUGGAUUCAGCUGUAGAUACUUAAAAUCCUCUAAUGAAUUGUCCUCAUCAGGAAAAAUAUGGGUCUCACCAUCUGAAAGAUACGCCGUUGUUCCUGAUGAAUCUGUUAUCAACCGAGGAGCAAAGCCGAAAACGAAAAACUGGAGCGACGCAAGUGUACCACAGACUUGAGCUCUGCAAGUGUAUCACAGACUUGAGCUCAGAGUGUAUCACCCGCCUGUAAAUUGUAUCUUUAUGUUCCCAAGUUUGAAGCUCCUGAUUUGAAACCAACUGAUGUAUUAUCUAUCCUUCAUUUAUGACAUUAUAAUUUCUCA